CGCAAUGGUCUAAGCCGCCUUAUGAUCGAUCAUGCUUCACCUUAGUAGAUGCGUUACCCUUCCCCGAUCUCAUUUGGAUUUUUGUCUGCUAAUGAAACCACGUAUCCUUUGCAUAUCCUCGUCAUGAGUAGUAAACAGACUAGUUCAGACGAUUCUCGUGAUAGCGAGGGAAAUAAAAAGAUUCGUGGAAACACGAAGACUACUUGGUUGUCUUUCCUAAAGAGUAUCGCUACAUUUUCAGGAGAUCUAUCCUCCUUAACUGCUCCUUCUUUUAUUCUCUCGAGCACCUCGUUGAUUGAGUAUUCAGCUUAUUGGGCAGAGCAUCCCGAAUUGUUUAUUUCGCUACCCUCGGGUCAAACUCCUCUAGAACGUCAGCUUUUGGUAACCAAGUGGUUUGCUAGUACACUGAAAAACCAAUAUGCCACUCGUAAUGAACGUUAUGGAUCUGAAAAGAAGCCUUUGAAUCCUAUUUUGGGAGAACAGUUCUUUGGAAGGUGGUCGACGAACUUGGACCAAGAUACUGUACUGACUGCUGAACAAGUCUCUCACCAUCCUCCUAUCACGGCUUACCACAUUUACAACGCAGCAGCGGGAGUACGCUUAGAAGGCUAUAAUGGUCACAAAAGUGGAUUCUCGGGCCAUAACAUUCAUGUUAAACAGAUCGGUCAUGCUCGUUUGACUUUGGAGCCUCACAACGAAGUGUACUAUAUCACUUUUCCUCUGGUUACAUUGGAGGGAUUAUGGUACGGAUCUCCAUAUAUUGAAUUAAGCAAAAAGUCAUACAUUAUAUCGACGAGCGGAUAUAUGACAACCAUUGAAUAUAGCGGUAAGGGCUACUUUACUGGAAAGAAAAACACAUUCAAAGGCUCUGUCCAUCAAGCCGACUCGAAAGCCGAACCUUUGUAUCGUAUAGAAGGAUCCUGGACAGGAAUGCUAAAAAUCGCGAAUGGCGAAAAUAUUAAACGCGGCGUCUGGGAAAACUGGCUUGAUUGUGCAAAUUAUUCACCUAUCAACAUAUCUGUUCCUCCCCUUGAAGAUCAGGGUAGUUUUGAGUCAAGACGUGUUUGGAAAAACUUUGCCGUUGCCUUGGACUCGGGAGACUAUUCUUCCGCUAGUCAAGAAAAGUCGAAAAUAGAAGAAGCUCAGCGUCAGCGUAGACGUGAAGAGCAAGUGAAUAAUGAGACUUGGCAACGUAAGUUUUUUGAAUGGCAAGACUUGGAUGAUGGCUUUUUAAAGGCUACUCAGCCUUUGAGGUAUCCGAUAGAAGAAGGUUUUUGGAAGUUUAAGCGAUAGGUUUUACGCUUUCAUUGGCUUUCUCUAUAGAAACGAGCAACGUUGUUGGUUUUCUUUUUUCUUUUGCUCGUUGUUGAUAUUGCGAACCUGAUGCAUAGCCAUAUAUCCCCUGGUUUCGGUUUCAAUGUACGUUUAUCAUUGUCUUUUUUAUAUAAGUAGUCAAUUUUAAUGCUAUUCGCUACGAAUUUCCCUCCACUUGUUUACUACCGUGCUCAUUUCUGAUUGCUUUAAAGAAUGGACAUUUUAUGUUUACUUUGAAAUUCCAAAAACGUUGUAUUUAAGGUAUUUUUAUGGAACUCUCUUCUCUGUAACUGAUCGACUGAUCAUAAAAUACCACCUUUCGAAUAGUCAGUCUUUCUGUAGCUGGAAGGAUUUUAUAGAACAUUACGAUUCUAUGUAGUGUUACAAAUGUUCAGCAGUCAUUGUUGAGUUUCAUAAAAACAAUAUCAAUCACUCUCUU